UAAUUACAGAGGGAUUAGCUUAUUAAGCAACGGGAGACUCGUGUCUGUGAAAGUAGACCUAGCCUUAUGUUUUGGACGCUCUUUUAUGGGCAUCAAUGUUCAAUUCCUGCAGGAUGCAGAAUUAACAUUGCGGACCUUAGCUGCAAAUGAACUAGAAGGACGACACACGAGUGAACAAUUACUCACUUACAUCAAAACUAUUCUGGAAUUAUAUGGGAUAGAUAUAGAGAACCUCUAUACUUUCACCUCGAACAACGCAACUAACAUGAUCAACUUGUGUCGUUUGAUAAGGCAAUGUCAACAGAGAGCUGCAAUGGGAAACUCGGAAGACUGCAAUGAUGUGGACCUGGAUAACGACGAAAAUUAUAUCAUUAAUCAAGAUGAGGGGGAUGCUAAUAAGGAUGAGGACGCUGAAGGUGAUGAGGAAGAGGCCGAAUCUUUAACCCUGCGAAUUGAAGCAGAUGAAGAAGAUGAUCCUCAGGCUCAGGAAGGCGAGCAAGCUGAGAAGGAGGAUGAAGAGGAAGUAGCGUAUCUAGUGGAAGCUUGCGAGGAUCAUCAUAGUAGCUUGGGAAUCAACUGCAUUUCAUGUGUUGCGCAUUCACUUCAACUUGCGGUAAAUGAAAGCUUGAAUGGGCACUGCGCAAGCACAAUUUCUAGAACGCGAAAAACUGUUGUGGAAUUUCGAGUUCCUACCAUGCUGCACAAAGUUCGCGAGAAGGCCCGUGAGCAAGAAAUUAUGGAACAGAUCAUCAAGGCAAUCCUUGAUAACGAUACCAGGUGACAUUCCAUACUUGAUAUGCUACUAUCU